GCACUGAUAGGUGGCACUGACUAGCAUUGAUAGGUGGCACUGACUGGCACUGAUAGGUGACACUGAAAGGCAACUCAGAUGGGCACUGAUAUGUGGCAUUGAUGUGUACUGGUAGGCACUGAUAUGUGGCAUUGAUGAGGCACUAAUGGGCACUGGCAGGUGGCAUUGAUGAGCACUGACAGCAGACAUUGAUGGGCACUGACAGGUGGCACUGCUGGGGCUACACUGAUCAUCAGGGCACACUAAUCAUCAGUGCCCUGAUGAUCAGUGUACAUGUCCCCUCUGAGGAAUGCCGAUUGCCGGCUCUCCUCUCCUCUCGAGCUGUCAGCGUGACAGCUCUGAUCCGCUGUGUCCGAGGAACACAGCAC